CCUAAGGGAAGCAUUAUUACAGAAUGAACAUUUUUUGAAUAGCGAGAGGUGUACAGAGAGGUGGUAGGUUUUUCUUAGGAAAUUUUUAAUUUAAUUAAGGGUAAUAUGAUCAUUUCAUAAUUCACUAAGGACACUUUUAAGUGAAAGGACUUCAUUUUUGACAGUUUCAAAAUUCAGGAAUGAUACUGUUGAGUUUUAAAAUUAAAGAGAUAGGUAUUAAUUAUGAAAAAGUAGUUUUUCCUAAAUAUUUUUUCAUUUUUAUAAAAAAAAUUCUCCAUUCGUACGAUGAUUUAGAAUUUUUUUUAAGUGGGACGUUUAAUCUGUUUAGGAGCGUGAUGUCAGUCCCGCCACUAGGGCGGUAGGCGUGGGUGUGUGGGUCGAACGACAGUGACAGCAACAGUAUCUUCUCCCAAGGCAGUCUUUAUCUAUCUGUAGCAUUGGAUUUGUUUCUUCCAAAUGGAUUCUCUCACACAAAAUCUUUUUUAAUCUAUCUAUUCUCCGCACAAAACUAUACAUUUUAUUUUGCUACGAAAAAACACUCAGAUUCCACACGCCAGGCAAAACUCAUUGCGCCAAGCAAGCCUAAACCGCCUUAUCAUCUUCUUUUUCUAUGUUUUUCUAAAGAGAGAGAGAGAGAGAGAGAGAGAGAGAGAGAUUAGUUCAUCAUUAUCAAACAUCUGUUUUAAUAAUUUUCUGUUUCUGUGUAUACGUACAAUUUUUGAGAGAGAAAGAGGGAGAGAUAAAGAGACUGUGAUCUGUUAUUGUGCAGCAAAAUUCAUAUCGGAAUACCCUUUUGCUUCUAAAAGAAUGGUGGGUAUUUUCUCAAGAUUUUCUGUUCGUAGAGUUGGCCAUAGACGAACCCAGAGUGCUAUUGAUGAGAGGGAAGUAUUGCCCCCAAAUGCAGACCUUACCAGGGCAGCCGCUGUCGCUGCUUCUGCUCCUCAUGGGAUUGAAGUAGCAGUAGAGUUUAAGCCAGUUGAGCACCCAAUUGAGCCUUUCGACAGUGAUCAACCAAUUCUUUGCCCACAACCUGAACCUUCAAUUCUUAACGAUGGAAGACUAUGGAAAGAGAGGGUAUCGGCAACUGUGAGGAGGAGGGCUGACUUGCCUGUUAUGAAAGAAGAUGGGGCGCUUGAAUCUGAAACUGCAGGGACAAAGACGCGGCCAAUUCAGUCCAAUAGAUUGAUUCUACCAUCCAUCAGUGCUCCUGAACAUAACUUGCUUAAACUACUUGAAGAAUGUAGUGCAUCUGGGAUCUAAAGCCUGGUAUCAGUUUCUGAUUGGAAUGCAGGUUUACAUAAAUUCCAUAUGUAAGUUCAUGUGUUCUUUCAUUUUACACCCUGGAUUAUCAAACAUUAGAUGUGUAUUUCCAGAUGAUUUAUAGAAAAAUAUCCUCCCCCACCCCUUUAUAGUAGGUAGAUUUAACAGUUACACUUAGCAAUGAAAGUAUAUGCCUGACUUUCUGAGCUUGUGUAAUACUUGAUGUUCAUACUAAGCAAAAUGAAUCUGAGUCUAAGC